CGACUUGGAAUGGCUAUUUUCUCAUCAUCAUCAGCUUCAGUAUUCAAAGAACCACAAACACACAUCUUCUCCAUCCACCAAAAUGCAAUCCAAAGCUCUUAUUCUGCUCCUGACCGGCCUUGUGGCUGCUGUUUCGGGUGCCGCGGCGCCAGCCAACGAAGUCGAAAUCAUUGAGGAGUCUACCGGACCUCUGAAUGCUAGACAGGCAGACAUCACCUGGCAGGCUACUGGAGGCUGCAAGACUGAUUGGGCCAACCGUUGCAAUGCUGCCUGCCGCGGUGAGGCUUCGCAGCGAUCUUACUCCUGCACCAGCAUCAAGUCCCGUAUCUGGCGUCAAAGCUGCGUCUUUGGCUGGAGCGUCUGUGAUUGCACCUGUGUCCGCUAGAGCCAAGCCCUUUCGGAUGUCCAACUUGGGCUAGGAGGAAGUGGAGGUUCGGUUCAGUGAAAAACAAGGUUCCAGGUUGUCGGGUUUAGGGUUAUUAGUCUAGGGACACUCCUUUGUCAGCUGAGUCUUCUCGAAUUGUUUUCUUGGAUGGUAACCGGUACCUUGAGGGUCGAUUGGCAGAUGUACACAUGGAAGAGCAAUACAACCACCUCACUCUUUUGCAUAGCUCCCCUGUGAUGUUGGUUCGCCAGUUGGCUGGUCCGUGCUGCGCAAAGAUUUGCCAGGCCAUGGUCGAAAAAUG